UAUGAUGCAGUUUUAAUUUGUUAGCUUAUUCUUCAUCGAUAAGUUGGCUAAUUUUUUUCAAGAUGAGAUACGCAUCCUUUUCAACGUCCGUGUUCCUCAUACUGGUUUAUUUUUCGGGGUGCAUAACCAGCCAGGCAAAUUGGUGGCUAAAUUGUGUAGGGACCAAUCCAGGUCCGAGCAAUGUCUUCUUCUACCUGUACACCAGGGACAAUCCCAAUCAGGAGCAGAGGCUUACAUUGGGAAAUACAGAAUCCAUAAAAAAUUCGAAUUUUGACCCGAGCUAUCCUGUUGUCUUUUAUAUCCACGGAUUUAAGGAUUGGUCGGACGGAACGAGCUCUCAAGCUAUUAAAGAUGAGUACGUUAAGAAUUCAAACUUUUACAAUUUUAUUCUGGUCGAUUGGUGCAAAGUGGUUAAACCAUCGAGCCCUACUGACAUCCCGAUGGGAUUUACUUGCAAUGCGAACGGGAUAAUCUGUCCAGGGGGAGGAGGUGAUCCUUAUCGCUCCGCAAGUUGUGACGCCCUCGCCGUUGGGGAAUAUGUGGCGCGCAUGGUGAAAUUUCUUGUCGACAAUGGCUUCGCAGAUUUGACCAGGAUUCACCUCAUCGGGCACAGUUUGGGUGCGCAUCUUUCUGGCGUUGCUGGUUAUCAUGUUAAAGCGCUGACUGGCCAGAAAGUAGCAAGAGUGACGGGUUUGGACCCCGCAUUACCACUCUUUGGUGAUGCGAACCUCCCUCUCGCCCAGCGACUAGAUCCUACCGAUGCCGACUUUGUGGACGUAAUUCACACCGCAGGAGCUGACGGCACCUCCGAAAUAUGCGCGUCCCUCGGGUUUCUGGAACCAUUGGGUCACAUUGAUUUCUACCCGAACGGUGGAAAGGUGCAACCUGGGUGUACGGAACCGAGUGUUUGCAGCCACUCCAGAGCUCAUGAACUCUACGCGGAAAGUAUUAAUAACCCCUUGGGUUUUCCAAGCUGUAGGUGUCACGCCUUCGAAACUUGCAGUUCUCAGGCAGGGUGUCCAUUUCCGAAUUAUAUGGGAAUUCAGGCUACUCAAAUAAAAUCUCUCCCAGAGGGAACCUGGUACCAUAUGGAAACUUGGGAUUUACGUCCGUAUGCGAAAGCCGGCUGCCUCCAAAGUUUGAAGUCUUCUCCGAAUAAUAUUUCCAAAUCUGACGUCGAACUCGAUAUUGUGGUAAUCCCAUCCGGUCACACCGACGUGCUUCAGACUGCGAUAAACUUUAUCGACCCGGUUAGAGAAUUUCCUCGCGCAUCAAUCACCUUUUUAGACCAGCGCAACAUGGUAAACCUCGUCUCAGCUGCGCGCCCAUUCUCCAUCCAUCAUAGAUGCCCCGGCGUCACGGGGGGAGAAUACCCUCAAACGACGUGCAACACCCGAGAAUUCUACGAAACCACGCCCGCCCAACGGAACACAUUUGGCCAUGAAGUUUUCACCAAGGGCCACCUGACACCCUUGCGGCCCUUCCAAUUCGCCAAGGCGGCCAUGGACAGCACCUCGUACUGCACCAAUAUCGCGCCACAAGACCCCCGAACGAAUCAUCCGGCCUGGUGUAACGUUGAAAAGCGGGUUUUUGACCAUGCCGCCCGAGAAGAUACUGGGCACCCGGGUUACGUGAUAACCGGUACGUGUGGAAAUCCGUCAACCGAAGAGAUCACGAACCGCGGCGCAUUUAUUCCCGCUUGUUGGUGGAAAGUUUACUGCUACAAAAAGGACGGAAAGGUGACCGCGGUGGGAUUUAAGACGAGCAAUAAUAUGAUCAAAGUUGGGGACAAUGCUGCCACCGAGGUACGAAAGAGGGAAGCCGCGACUCCCCUGUCACAAUGGGCGAUCGGGGAAGAUGACGUCAUUCAUAAGUCGUGGGCUCAUUUAAGUGUUGAAGACAUUCAGACAAGGCUACUUCAAGGUCACUAUCCAUCCAGCAAUCUCCCGACGCCGGGCGAAUGCCAAGAUGCGAUCCUAACCCCGGCGGAAGCCCAAUAUUGGAAGGAUCAAUUCGGUCUGUCUUCUACCUCCCGCAGCGGGCGGGAAUCCAACGACGAGUGCUACUUUUGCUCACCAGGGGACGACUGCUACGUCGAGAACACCCUGGAACCUUGCGCUUCCGGGAAAGAUAUCGUCUUCGCCGUGGUCAGGAAGAUCUUCAAUUCAGCGGUAUUCGACCCAGACUACCAAUAUUUGUACCGGCUGGCCAACGUGCUUAAUAGAUUUGGACUGGAGGGGACCUCAUGUCGACCAGGCGGGAUCUGGCAAAUUCAAGAGUCCUGGUUUCAAGAGACGAAAUCCGGCAUCACGCCCGCUUUAAAGGACGCGAUUUACACUAAGUUCGAAAUCGAUUGGUCCACCACGGUUUGGGAAGAUCUUCAAAAGCCGAUGUAUUCCGGUUUGGCGGCGAGAAUUUUGAUGCAAUUGAGACGAAGAGAUAUGCAACCGACGAUUCGACUACAGGGUGAGACGCUCUUCGCGACCACGUACUCGCCCCGUUUAGCGUCCGAGUUUAUCGGUAAGACGGAUCAGUACUACAAAGAGGACAAGAUCCGAGGACGGUACGACAUGAUUUUAGUUCUGGACGGGUCCGGCAGUAUUGGACCCGCCGAUUUCGAACGCGCCAGAACCGCCGUAGCGGAAUUAUUAGGACCUUUUGCGGAGACUCAAGUACGCGUAGGCCUGAUCACUUUCAGCACUGCAGUCACUACUAACUUUCAACUGGAUAAUAGGUACACCGAGAAUGAAAUGAGGAACGCUAUUAGAAGUAUUCCAUAUCCUGGGGGUGGUACUAACACGCACUUGGGUAUUAACGAGGCCAUAAAUAUGUUCGAUCGGCACGUCCUUGACCCAAAAGUUCCCUCUGUAUCCAUCGUGUUGACCGAUGGUCAGUCAAGCUCGCCCGCCAGUACGGUAACAGCAUCCGCCGCGGCUAAAGCGAGAGGAAUAUACACCUUCGCCGUGGGAAUUGGUAGUGGAAUCAGACAGGCUGAACUCGAAAUAAUUGCGGGUGACAAUCCCCGCCAUGUUUUUUCCCUUGGUUCGUUUGACGCAUUGCAGGAAAUCCCGCUCUGGUUGAAUAUCGAGACGCAAACGAUUGCUAUAGUUCGACCGGAUAAUGACAAUUUUAGCGACGCGGUGAAAUCGGAGGAGCGAAGAUAUUUCAAAUACCCGCUACCCACGGAGGGACUGACGGUCGAAGUUUUCAACAGUUUGGGAGAAACUGCGACGUAUUUUGCGUACGAGUUUGACGCUCCCUCAUCUGCUAUAAAUAAUGGGAAGAUUGAAAAUGGUCGGCUGGUCUAUAUUCCAUAUCCGGAUGGAGCGAAGGGGAGGAGCAUGGGACCGACGCAUAUUUAUGUCUCGGUUGAAGGAAGAGGAGAUGAUAAUCAGUUUGAAAUUAACACCCAGACGGGAUUCGUUGAAGGGUGUGGGUUUGUUGGUGAGAGGGGCACAACUUUCAAUACUCAACCCGUCUUUGAAACAGCGCUAGAAAAUGAAGUCAUUUUCUCUCGUGAUUUGUACCUUGGACCAUUAUCGCGGAGCUUAUCAACCCUUGACAGAGACUAUCUGAGACAAAGCAUGGACGGGAAUAGGUUCCAACUGCUCGCAAAAGCUAGAUUUUCUUCAUAUGUGACGGAAAAGCGCCAAUUGGUCAUGAGUAGUUCGGUGUCCUUUAGCUGCUCGGACGGGACAAGGAAAUCAUAUACAUUUACAAUUCCCAUCAUUGACGAGAAUAAUCAUGGACCCGUGCUCAACGCUACCUCGACUGUAUUCACCGUUUCUCGCCCGGUGAAUAUUAACUCGCCAAUAAAUCUGGGUUCUUCACAACUGACCUCGACAGAUGCCGAUUACGAAGAAGAGAACGCCAGAUUGUACACAGGAACGAAUAAUUCGUUAAUUGAGGUUCGUCCCGUUAGAACCUGGACUGCGCCCUACCCAGUCAGUUACAAGUACAAUUUGGAACUUUACUUCACCGAGGAGCCACAACCGGGUAUUUUGCCGGUGAAAGUAUACGUGCAUGAUGGCGUGCAGCAAGCCCAGAUUGACAUCACCAUCGAAGUGGUGUAAAUUUGGGAAGAAUUUUUUCAUCCACAAUGAUUACAAAGAUUUAAUUUUGAAGAAUGUAGAAUGUAUUUUUGGGGAGAAAUGUACUUGAAAUUUCAUUUUCGAAAUGAAAUUUCAUUUCGUCAUAAAAAUAUUGAAGAGAUAAAAUUUUCGUAAUUUCGGUUGCCAAUUUUUGUAAUUUUGUCCACAGAUUUUGAUUACAAUUUUUUUGGUUACAAAUUAAAUAGAGACAGUCUGCAGUAUACAGCA